UAGCGUUUCGACGCACUUUGUCUAGUACCUACUACUCAUCUACUCCUAUUAGUAACAGUCACACUAGAAUGUACGGCACAAGGACAAAGACUUAUCAAGGCAAGGGGGCUAAGCUUGGUGAGACCGGCAAGUUCGAAGGCGAAUUCAAGAUUCAUACCAAUGGCACAGCACCCUACCUCAAGGAGACCACAGAUCUUUUUGAUAAGCUGUAUGCUGCCCAAGAGGAGCGCGUCGCUGCCCUUCCUAAGGACCCUAUCACCAUCAUCCUGCCUGAUGGGACAGAGAAAGAGGGCCAUAAAUUUGAGACUACCCCUCUGGAUAUUGCCCUCGGUAUAUCCAAGGGCUUGGCCAACUCUGUUGUGGCCGCCAAGGUCCUCUACACAGAACCUGUUGACAGUAUGGAUCAGGUUGUUGCUGCUGAUGACGAGUCUGAUGUUGGUUCCGAUGCUGGUGAUGAUGAUGAAGAGGAGGAUGGGGUCCAAGCCAACAUGGUCAAGGCUUGGCAGAAGGAGACCGUAUGGGAUCUAUCGAGACCCCUAGAAGGCUCGUGCAAGCUUGAACUCCUCAAGUUUGAUUCCCCUGAGGGUAAAGAUACCUUCUGGCACUCCAGUGCCCAUAUUCUGGGUGAGGCCCUAGAGCAGGAGUAUGGUUGCUAUCUAACCAUCGGACCCCCUCUCGAGAACGGUUUCUACUAUGAUGGUUUCUAUGGCAACCACAAGUUGGGUCCAAAUGAUUACGAGAAAAUCGAGAAGCGUAUUGCAUCCAUUGUUAAGGAGGAUCAAAAGUUCCAAAGACUGGUGGUCACCAAGGAGGAAGCGUUAGAGCUAUUCGCUUAUAAUCCCUUCAAGCUCCAACUCAUCUCCACCAAGGUCCCAGAUGGAUCGCUGACUUCGGUAUAUCGCAUCGGCUCCCUUGUGGAUCUCUGCCGUGGUCCUCAUCUCCCUCGCACAGGAGUUGCCAAGGCCUUCUGGGUUAAUAAGAACUCGCAGGCUUACUGGCUAGGAAAGGCUGAGAAUGACUCCUUGCAACGUGUUUAUGCCAUAUCGUUCCCUACGGAGAAGAUGUUGAAGGAAUAUAAGAAGAAUGUCGAAGAGGCCAUGAAGAGGGACCAUAGGCUUAUUGGCAAGAAGCAGGAUCUGUUCUUUUUCCAUCCGACCAUGUCCCCUGGUUCCUGCUUCUGGACCAGUCAUGGUGCGGUCAUCUACAACAAGCUCGUGGACUUCAUCAGGAGGGAGUAUAGACUUCGUGGCUUUGAUGAGGUGAUCACCCCUAACAUCUUCAGCGAGGCCCUUUUCCAACAAUCCGGUCACUGUGGUAACUACAAGGAUAAUAUGUAUAGUAUGAACAUUGAAGGGGAGACGUGGUACCUAAAGCCUAUGAACUGCCCCGGCCAUUGUAUGAUAUUCGAUCAGAAGGUCCGAUCCUAUAAGGAGCUCCCCAUCCGUAUGGCCGAUUUUGGCGUUCUUCAUCGUAAUGAGCUCUCGGGUACCUUAUCUGGCCUCACACGUGUGCGGAGGUUCCAGCAGGAUGAUGCUCAUAUCUUCUGCCGCCCCGACCAGGUCCAGGAUGAGAUCACUCAUGCCUUGGAGUUCCUCAAAUUCGUCUACAACACCUUUGGUUUCGACUUCUCGGUUUGCCUCUCGACUCGUCCCAAGAAGGCCAUUGGCUCUCGAGCCAUAUGGGACACUGCUGAGAACGGCUUGAAGAAUGCUCUCGAGGCUUGCGGCAUCGAUUACGAUCUGAAUCCUGGCGAUGGUGCCUUCUAUGGUCCUAAGAUCGAUAUUCGUCUUCGGGAUGCUCUGAAUCGUUAUCACCAAUGUGGUACCAUUCAGCUCGAUUUCAACCUGCCAAUCAGGUUUAACCUGCAAUACCGCACCGCUGAGACCGAGGAAAGUGGUGAUGCUCAUUCCGUAUCAGAGGCUGCUAACAGUCCUGCUGAUGACCACCAGGAGAAGGCUGGCCAAAACUCCGCCGCUGUUGAGAAUGUCGGAAGCAAGGCUAAGGCAGAUGAGAUCACUCUAGGAGAGCUCAAGCAUGGUUUCGAGCGCCCUGUUAUGGUACAUCGUGCUAUCCUUGGUUCGAUUGAGAGAUGCACUGCAAUUUUGACGGAACAUUAUGGCGGCAAGUGGCCAUUCUGGCUUUCACCUAGGCAGGUUAUGGUCGUACCUGUGAGUGACAAGUACAGCGACUAUGCUGAUUACCUCCGGAAGCAGCUGGUGCGGUUAGGCUAUGAGGCUGAUGCUGAUCUUUCCACGAGGACUAUGAAUAAGAAGGUUCGCGAGGCACAAGUUGCGGCUUAUAACUACAUUGCCGUUGUUGGCGAGAAGGAGCAGAACGACCUUACUGUCACUCUGCGGAAGCGCGAUACGGUGAGACCGUUGGGCACGUUUGGUAUUGCGGAGAUGCUGGAUAUGUUUGAGAAGGAGUCGGAGGUGAACUCGGAUGACCUCCACACCAUUCAGCCUUUCAUGGGACGCUUGCCUGAAGCCUUGGCUAAGCUGCCGGAGCCACUGAAGAAUGAGGAGGGAUGUUGUCAUCAUCACGCUUGCGAGAACUGUGAGGGGGAGAAGACGGAGUAAAUGUUGCCAACAAGAGACAUACUGCUGUUGACGAUGGUGAAUGUAGUAUAUUCGUUUCUCCUGUCGAGGACAGUUCCUCCCUCAUCAAG